UUAUGAAGUCUUGGCAGAAUAGUCUGAAGUUUUCAAUCUCACAGCUAAACCAAAAUGAUAUCACUACAAAACUAUUUAAUCCAUCAGUUGUAUGGCAAGGUUCUCUGAUCUUUGGUGAGGGUCAAACACGAACUGAACUGCCAGGAUUCAAUUUGUGUUUUGAAAAGAGCAAGAAGAAGAUGGAACCCAGUUUCAGUUUGUCUCAAUGUCAAGAAAAAAGAAACGAAAAAAGUUCCACUGAUGUUGCAAAUUGUCUGCACAUUGCACCUGAGAUAACUAUCCUCUGCAAAGUUCAGAAGCACACUGUUCCUUUCCACAUGUUUCUGCCAGUAAGACUAGGACUUAGCCUGAAUUGCUUAUCCACCAAACUUUCCGCAAGACUUGUUGAAUGGCUUUCUUUUGAAAAUAACAAGAACAUCGCCUUGAUUGGAAGCUUACGGCUUGUUGCUCCAUCAAAACACUGCUCGAAAAGAAAUAACAAAGAAGCUUGGUUUGAUUUUGUUAAAUCUGAAGACCAUUUGGCUGCCAACAAAGUGGAUUCUAAAGCUGGAGAAAAUGACAGAGAGUCAUGCAGGCGUGUGUGUCUUAUAUGUGGAAAUACUGAGAAAGAACUGAGUGUGUAUGUUCUGAGACCGCCUGAACAUCUGAAUGGCUGGAUACAGCAUGACUUGUCCACAAUCCAUUCUUCACUCCUUAUUUCAAAUGAUCAAGAAGUGGGAGGACCCUUAAGAUUUCCAGAUCUGACAGAUAGGUUUUUGGAAACAGAACAGAAUUUGACUGAGGUCUUACUGCGCAUUUUACAGCAAGAACUGAAAACUUCAGAUGACUUACUUUCAGCUAACCCUACUCCUGACAUUGUGGAUCAAAUCAUAUCAGAAAAAUGGAAGUUCUUGAGAGAGCAAAGGGAAAAGUUGUUUCGCGAUGGGAAAACACGUCAACUCGAGGCUGUUAAGAGAGAAGUUUUACUUCAAGGCUUGUCAGAAAUACCUUUGUCUCCAAGUAAAUGGCCUGAGAGAGCUUGGCUCAUUAAAACUGAUCCAAACACAAGAGUUAAGCACGCUACUGUGGGGGACACGGACAAACAGUUCCCGUUAUUAGCGUCAGUUUCAUCAUUGAGUAUUCAAGAUAUCUUGGAGAAAUUCCGCAUGGAUGGAACACCUGCUAGAAGUGACCUCGUUCCCAUUCAACCCAGGGAGGAGAGUUUACGUGAGAGACGUAUCCAAAUAGGCGCCGAUGACGUGAAGGGAAAAGGUUACCCAGAGGCACUUGCGACACUGUACCACGGCAUUGAAUACUGCCUUGAUGUUCGAGAAGCCAUCUCUAAGGAUUCGCAGCUUGCACAGCUUCAAUCUUCACAUGUUAAGCUCGAGACGUUUUCAUCCUGCGUGGAAAGGGAUCACAAGCCAUUGGCCAGCCGCUGUACCCAGGCUGCGACCAAAGCGGCCAAAAAUGACAGAAAGCAAAGCUUAAUGAAGCUCAGUGUACCUCUGACUAAAACAGGGCACGCAGGAAAGGGAAGAAAACCAGUGUCUUUGAUAGGAAGGUCGCUGAAGAGGGAAUCACCGGUCGCGAAGAAAACAACGGUAGCAACGAAAAGAAAGCGACAAGAGCCAGAAGAACAAGAAAGUAAACCUGAUGAGAUAGAUGAGGAUAAGAACAGGGAAACGCGCUCAGAAAGACACAAGAGACGCCUCCGUCAAGUUGUACAGAAAACGCUUGAAGACAACGGAAUUGACUCUAAUCACCCAUUCUACGAACCAUGCACUGAAAGACUGUACUCUCUAUGUAAAAGUUUCCUGAAGGAUCUGCGCUCUUCUCACGGCUUAAACGACGAGAUGAAAAGAUUGGCAAAGAGCAUCGUUCAUCAGGUGAUAGAAUUUGAGACGAAAAGAAGAUCAGAAGAGAAAAAGACAUGACUAAAACAAUAUUUAAAAUACUUUAUUUCACAUUAUUUUACUGUAUAGCUCACACCAUUACUUUAGAUAAUAAAAUUACAUCUUAGGUUAUUAAAAUUGUUGGCUUCUUUAGGGUAAUUCAAAAGGUAUUCUUUGUUCAGCUGAAUCAGAGACUCCAAAAGUACGCUUCCGCGUGCGUUUCCCCAUUCGUUCCCAGUGCAUCUCCAGCGCAUUUCGCGUACGUUGCACAAUCAAUUUCCACUGCGCUCUAUACUGCGCACUAGUACUCAGAAAA